AUGAGAAAGGCAACAACGAGGCAACACCCUAAGUUCACCAUCUACCUCCCAACGAGUAAUCCACCUCAAAGAACAGGAAAGUUUUGA